AUGAACACGCAAAACGGGCAUAUGCAGAACGGGCACACGCAGAAUGGGGCAUCGUUGGCAACGGCUACGUCACCACCAGCGGCAGCUACGGAUUCCUUGGUUGACAAAGGACUAUCGCCAUUGGUCGCUGCGGGCAGAUCCUGGGUUCAAAAAGAGCUCAAUUUCUAUGACAACGGUGGUGGUUCUUCAUCCUCUUACAAUCCACGCAAGGCAGGAAAGGAAAACUCUGUGAAGGUCGUUCAUCUCGAGCUCGCAGCUGCGGAGUUUUCCCGUCGUUUCUCCCCGAUUUCGCUGGAACAAGACAUGGAAGAAGAGGAGGAUGAGCAACAAAGGGCUCCAGUUCUUCUUGUCUCAACGCAUGUAAAACCAGACUGGACUCCACCAGUUGGUUUUACCUCCAAACCUGGGUUCAGGAACGUGAGAUUCCUAUUGGUACCAAAUGUUGAUGGGAAGACUAAGUCACUCUUUAUUAGCUGCAUGCCAGGAAACACACAUGGAGAGGCUGAUGGGCAUGUAGCUGGUAUGGUUCGAGAUUGGGUUCAUGGCAACCAACUGGACCUUAUACUUUACCAAAACCACUCUGGAGGGCGCGACUACCAACCUGACAUCAGCCUCCGCCCUGCCACUGCCGAUCCAACACCGCCUCCUGGGGCCGCUGAUAGCGACCCCAACCAUGACAACAAACCAUACCGUCGCCUUGUGGUGGAAGUUGAAUUUUGCAACAGGAAUGCAGAAAAGCUUAGGACAACUGGUUGUGGUGUCUUUGAUAACCCUUUCACGUCUCUCUUCCUCGGGAUAAAAAUUUGGAAGAAAACACAGAAUGGGUUUGCAGCUGUUGCCAUCUUGUGGGAAAAAGACCCUGUCACUCAGAAUAUUGCACUGCUCAAUGCUGUUGAUUUUGGCACCAGAGCGGCGGAUAACGGAGUACGAGGGCGCUUCAAUGCUCCUCCUGCAGGGCCCAUUUUGCUGCCUGGUGUCCCUCCAGCAGCUUGGACACGAGCCUCAAUCCCUAAUGGGUACACAGUUCCUGUAUUCGGAUUGCCACCAUUGCCUCCCGCAGGGUCUCCUGCCCGUCUUACUCUACCUCGCACUCAUUUACUUCAUCGAGUCACCUACUUCGGAGCUCCACCACAAAAUACAUAUGUCCUAGGUCCUCCUCUUGCGGCCCCACAACCUGUUGAUGACCUACACUUGGACCUACAUUUUUAUGCCUACAAGCUCGACAAUGGUUCGUGGCCCCUAGAACUUUGCAUUCGAUGCAUUCCAGAUUAG